AUGAAACUCGUCGCACAGGCGCUUGGAUGCAGCUUUCAUUUCCCCGGAUUGUACCAGCGAGCAUUCGAGGACUUCGAGUUCACGUCUCCUCGCAACAAUGGAUACUCAACAAACGUGAGGGUUCCGGUCGUUCAGUUGCUUUGGGUUUGCGGCCAGAACGAGAAAAUGCUGCGUCUCAGAGAUGGAGGUUGCCCUUGGGCGAACUCCAUCAUAGACGAUGACCUUGUGUUUUCCCUGCGUGACUCUGUCAGGGUUGCUGCAUUUCCACUGCUACACAAUUAUCUGUCUGUGGAAAACAUAGUCAGAGGAGUUGGCAACUUCAUCAAGUAUCUAGUGAGCAACCAUCCCUAUUGCUGGGACUUGGACAAACCUAUCACAUUCGACAUGGGGUUAACUGGCUUCGCCGUGGCCUUCUGCUUCGCACAUCAAGUCAGGUACGUUUCAGCGUCAAUGUCUGAGAAUCUAGUUAAUCCUCUGCCAGCCGACCUUUACCGUUUAGCAAAGAGCGUUGCAAGAGGAAGUCGCAAAUCCUAUCCAGAAUCCCGACCGAUUCGGCAAGGCGAAUUGACAGUCUUGAUUACCCAAGAAGCAACCUCGAUGAUGGAAAACCGAAUAGACCUAGCAGAAUUCCUACAGCAGAAUUUGCCCAACUGCACCGUAGCCCACGCAAAGAUCGAGGCCGAAUUUUCGGAGAUGAUAAACUACACUAGCUUUUCGGUUACGCAAUGCGGGAACGAUGAGCUUCAAGAGGCAUUGCAAGUAGUUGCAGUGGCUGAUUCUGGACUUAGAGAGAAGCUAGAUAUGGACGGAUCGGCGUUGGCAUAUGACGAAGCUGGCAGCUAGAUGGCUGGGUAAUGCCUACAGGAUUCUAGAUCAAAGCAAGGAAUCUGAGAUAGGUAUCGAGGGAAUUGUUGAAGAAUCGUAUUCCGAUUCACUUAUGACAAGUCACUUGUGAGUUCAGACAGCGAGUCAAUGAAGAUCACGACAUCGAGGUUUUCAUGCAAGUAGACGGAAGGAACUAUCUCCUGC